AGGUUACACUAAUAUAUAAUAUUAGUAGAGUUGAUGAUGUUUUUGAGUAGUCGACGUUGUACUUCUAGGAAAAUCUACUUCAAGCUGUAGUAGAAGGCUUUCGUUUAUCAACUGUGAAUAAGCUGUUUUGCUUUCGGCGUAUGGUUUGAUCUUUACAUUAUUUCAUCAAGAUCUUCGAAUUUCGAUUCAUAAAGCCACUCUAUGAAAAAAAACAAUGAGGCAUCGUUUCGCGGUCACUCUUCAAUGAUCAGAAAAGGAUGAAGAAAGACGAGGCUUCUUGCGUCUGCCUAUAGACAACUGCACCUCAUAGACAUGUGCACCUCGAAGGCUAUGGACACCUCCAGCUCCACCUGUAAGAAGAUAUCGCUACAGGUGGAUAGGCCCGUCUUGUUUGGUCUUCUACGAUAGGAGGAUCCAAGAGAAGAUACGGAGAUCAUCUUGGGCACCUGAUCGAAUAGAUUCACAUCAUCACUGGAGAAGAUACGUUUUACAAGGCGAGGACCUCUACGAAUCGCUGAGAACGGAUACGUAUACAAAGACAUCGAAGAAUCAUCCAGCAGUACGAAGAUCCAAGGCAUCGAAUCAUCCACCACGAAGAUGCAGUCCCAGAUCCAGACUCCGGCACGCGGCGCCGCCGCUUCGCAUUGCAUAAUUUUGUGUGCAGGGAUCGCGACACCACCGAUUGAGCCUUACACACAGCACAUGCCAAAAUUUAAGGAUAGUCGUAUUUCAUUAUCGUUGACGAGCACCCACAGUCUGAGUAUCGAAGUUCUCCCAAAUGGCUCCUUAAGUAGAGUCCUCCGGAUUGGGAAUUAUCCAACUAAAAAUAUGGGGACGGAGUAGGAGUCUCAUAUAUCUCAUUUUAUCACUCUUCAGAAGAGAACUAGAACAACUACAACCAAUACCGAGAUUAGUGGACAAAGUGUAUGGUUCUAGUAUUUGGUGACCUGUAUUCGAUCACAAGGAUUCUCUUCUUGUUUUCCUUAUGAUCAAAAUCAGGCGACCAAAUACCAGAGCCAUUCACAAAGACCACUAGACCACAAAACCACUAGACCACAAAGCCACUAGACCACAAAACCACUAGACCACAAAACCACUAGACCACAAAGCCACUAGACCACAAAACCACUAGACCACAAAACCACUAGACCACAAAGCCACUUCUACCGCUAAAAAAUGUUUUCUCCCGAUCGCUGGUCAGCCGAUCCUGCAUCACAUCGUGAAGAUGUUCGUGAAUCAAGGGAUAUCAUCCUUCACAGUCGUAAUUGGGGCACAUGCGCAGUUCUUCUCUGAAGAAGUGAGAAAAGGUAAGAAGACUUGUAGCUCUUCUUGGUUGCUUUUCUUUUCAUUGGCACCUCCACAGUUCUACUUCUCGGAGCAUAGGUAUAGGAGGAAAUAAGGUAAUAUGCUUAAAGAAGCAGGUAUCACAAUUUCAUGACAGUAUCAACAUUUAAAUCCGAUAUAAUUAGGUCUCUUUCUUUCUUAGAGUUAGGGCUCCUCUGCAGCAACAUCUAUCCUCAUCCUUUGAAGAUCUGCGUGCCCUUGGAGGAGCAUCACCAAGUUCAUCGGAUGCCGAUGAGGCUCUAGAUAUCGAAUUUGUGGAGAAUACGUUUUUCUGGAAUAACGGGCCUGCAGACUCUUUGCGUCUUGGCUACACUCACUUUCGAGAGAAAAUGGAUUCCUUUCAUCUUCUGGGAGAGCAGGAUGGGAAGACGUCGAGCAACAAGAGCAUGAAGCCUUCAAGCAACAAGUCUUUUUUCCGCAACGUCUAUGUAUGCUACGGUGACACAGUUUUCACCGACGUUGCCCUGCGAAAGUUGGUCUCUGCAAGUGCUACGAAUGCUUUGUUAGUGGACCGUAGCAGUACGACGGGACUCGGAGCUGGUGUGUCCUGCUGCUCUGGUGGAGCUGCAGGAGUGCCUUUACUGGGGUCACCUCAAGACGGAAUUUCUUCGAGCAGAAGUGCGAGUAAAGAUGCUUGUCUGUCUGGUGGAGGACAGAACAAAGGCAACUAUGAAGGCAGUGGUGGAGGCGGAGUAUCCUCAACAUCAGCGAACAAUUCAAAUCUUGGUACAAAUGGUAAUGGUAAUGUGGGUGCUGGAGGAACAGGAAUUAUUAGUGCUGGGGCAACAACUACAACUGCUGCUGCUGUCUCUGGCGGAAGCAGUAGAGGACCUUCGCCUACAACGAGUUCGCCACUCGCCGGAGGCACUCAAUAUGGAGGACUCUUUAAUCUUCCCAGAGGAGCGAAAUCGCGAGAAACAGGCGUUGGAGAACUCGAGCUCUGCUCUGUGGUAUCAACCAAAGAAGGAGUAAAAGUGAUUGACCAAAUAGGGAAGAACCUCCUGAGUCGCGGAGUGGAGCCCUUUGGCGAAUUCACUGGGCUCUUUCGUGCGAAACUAUCAACCAUGGACCGACUAGUGCAGUUCAAGCAAGAUGGUUCUUUUAAGAUCAUGAGUCUGUGUGUGUGUGUGUGCUGGGAAACCAAAGAAAUCUAAACUUUGGACGACAGAGAAAAUAAGAAGAAAAUAUUCGUUCUGCACGUCGGAGUAGACGGGGAUUUCGAGUGAGUAGGUGUAUUGUUUUUCAUAAUGAGUAAUGUAGAGUCCGACUAUGAAUUGUUUGUCCAUUCUUAGGUCUGAUUCUCCAUUCAACCUUUUCAACCGCGGUCCUCCUAUUAAGCUCUAGAUCAUCUCCAAUACCCUCUUCUAAUGCCCCAGCGACAGGUUCAACGAAUAUCCUGCAGAUGAACAUGGUAAGUGGUGAGCGAUUUGUGCCUGACUUACUCAGAAAAGCAGCUCCUGGGGAAUUUAGUGCGGUGGCUAUUUUCGGCAAUCGACGGGAGAUACACAGCUCUCAGGACUUGUUGCAGGCGAACAGUGAACUGUGCUACCUGAGCGACCAAGACGGACGAAGGGAAUACAUCAAAGCGAUUGUUAAGGCCCAGAAGUAGAACAUACUAGAAGAUGUCCUGACAUGAUCGUGAAGAUGUUCAUCUUUUUUAGCUUUGACAAAGAAAAACCCCAACUUUGAGGUGUAGCACACGACGGCUGAUUUGUUUCGUUUGUAGCAUAUUACCACGUACUUGAUGUCUGGUGUUGUAGAACUACGUUGUAGUACAAUUCGAUCAGGCGCAUGGGCAUGAAAGUAGAUGCAGAACAACCCGUGCUGAGCGAGGUGAAGUGAGGCCGUUCCGUCGUCAUCCCCUAAUAUCAGUUCCCGGUUACUAGCCGAAGCCAACGAUUUGAAACGUCCGGUGGACGUGAUUGCACAGGAGCUCAAUUUUCCGGAAGGCCUAUUGGACGAGUUGCUUAAUGGAAACGUCGAAUUGGAGACAGCACAGGAAAUUUUGAGGUUAAGGCUUGUUGCGGUAGACCGAAAUCGUCAACUCAACAGGACAACGUAGUACAAUGGACUAACGGGGGGGCCUCCCUCCCUGGUACAUCUGUAGUCACUAAAGAUGGUUUUCCUCUUUCUACUGAAGAUGGAUCUACUAGCAUGCACGUAGACAACCUUGGACCUCCUCACAUCUGCAUCUAGCACAUCUGGCACUGGGCAACCUUCACCUUGGACCUUCUCUAAUGAGACGGGUGAAUACGAAUUAUCCAGUCAGUUUGAACGCCCUUUGGGUCGAGCCAGACGAUUGUUUUCAUGGUAUUCGCGUGUGCCGCGCAACGCAAUCAGAAGUGAGCAAGCGCGUUCUGAACAGGAUAAACAUUAUGAAUACUUGACGUCAAUCUGAGUUGAACAAGGCUUUUUCUUGACUGAAACUUGUUCUAGUAGCACUGAUUACUAGGCUGCAUGAUAAAGUAGGAUGUUGCCUCCCAAGUCUUUUUACUGUAGAAGAAGGCAGAGAAGGCAGAGACCAACAUCUGCCUGGUAAUAAUGAUAGAUUCAUCAAGGUUCUAUUUCCACUCUAAGAACAAGGACGGUUUCCGCACAGCGUAUUAUGAAUAUCGGGAUUGUGCCAUGUCACGAUUGGGUCCGUUUCGGCCGGAGUGGAUCCGAGAGCUCCGCUGCGUGAGGGAUUCAGACCCGAAUAACCCAGACGUCGCCUUCAACAAUGGGCAUCUGCUAUUUCAAAGCACGUUCUUCAUCGGACCAGUGAACUUCUACUAUUAAGACUCAUUUUUUUGUUGAACUUCUAGUUCUAGAACUAGAUGUAUAUUCACUUUUAUUGGAGUAUACGUGCUUGCUUGUGCUUGCGUGUCGUGAACGUGAUAGAGACGGAUUGAUUUUUCUAUCUUUUGUCCUUAUACCAGCAGGGAUACUAGGGUGCUUGGCACAACAUCUUUCUUCAUGAUCAUGGUACUGAGAGCAGGGGGAACUACUUGGAGAAAUGAACCAUAGCUAGCGCUAAUACCACAUGGAGCCCGAUGGCACAAAGCGCUGCUGUGAAAUGAAUACUGGAGACAGUAAUUGGAUUGCACCUUUCGUACCCCAUUCCUUCACUAACAGAGGAGCCCCAGACGAAUUCGCAUGCAUUAUCGCAUGCACAUACGGAGCAGGUAUAGUUUCUGGAUGUUGAUCUUGAUAUUGUUUUGGUAUAAUGGUACAACUAGAGGUUCUGUUCAUGUUUUCAGUCGCUGUAGGAGCAGUAAGACGGGGUGGAGAUCGUGGAGGAUGGAGGAACACUAAGAGUAAGACCACUUCUAUGAAUACUAGUGGUGAUUCAGUGCAGCAGAGUGACAAUGGUUGUAGCUGAGCAUCGAAAAGAUCGUCUACUACAACAUAACUGGGACUAGUAUGAUGCACACUGCUGAAGCACAAGCAACAUUGUGGUAGCUUAUCGCUGCAUAUUGUACUAGAGACCUAGUUUACCUUCGUAUUUUGACCUGUUGACUCUAAAAUUGAUACAUUCUAAAGUUUCAUAUCUCCACAAUGUGAAAUCUUUGACAUAUUCGAUGCUCGUACUGCCUUAGCCAGCAUGUUUCUACUAUCCAAAAUGAUACCAGAUGCCAGAUUUGGUCACUAUAGUUCAUAGUUUGAGGAUUUGGCUUCGAAUCAAGUACGUUUGAUUUGGAAAUGGAAAGCUGAUCGUCAGGAAAUGAAUUUGAAUUAAAUUCAAUAUAACUGAAAUUUCUUGGAUAUCCCUUUACAUCUCAAAAUUUCAAAUUGAAAACUUCAAAUUCAGAAUAGACGUACAUUCGUGUUUGACCUACAAUGCUUGUGCUAGAUAUCACUUGCUGCACUUUAGAGUGCUGCCAUCAGUGAUAAUUAGCUAAUCGUAAUAUCAAGCAGACCUAGGUGUUUCAUAUCAUGUAUUGGUGUGAUACCAAGUCCCUCUGUAUCGUGCAUCGCCUGCAGUCACUCAGUAUCCGCUUGUAGUCUUGUCGUGUCAGUCUCUCACCCUCUUUAUAAGUAGCAGAUAUCGUCGUGAAAUAAUUGCCUCCAGUCGUCCAUGAGGAUGUCAUACUUGUAUCUUUAUCAGGUAUCGUGAAUUGCCUCCAGUCUAUCGGGAGCUUGCAUCCUAGUCUUGAGAAAUACAGUGGCGAUAUGCGACACCCGGUCUCGCAUUUUCGGGCUAAUCUUCUUCGAUACGCACAAAACGACUGCUUUUCCUCCUUAGACGACUUAGCAACGCGUCUGUUGGAGAAGGAGGUUGCGGAUGGCGAUACCAGUGCAGCUAACGAUUUAGGUUUCAUUUAAGGCUCAAUACAAUUCUUUUCUACGACGUGUCAUGCAUUGAUUCUUUGCUGUUUCCUUCUACUUACUCUUACAGAAUACACUCAUUCAUCUUCACUGUUUCCUACUUCUACUUACUCUUACAGAAGAUUCAUGUUGAUGAAACAAGAAAUAGAAAGAAUUAACGUAAGAAAUGAAUUGUUUUCUUGAGUUCUAAGUCGUGACACUUUCAGCGUCGGGGCAGCCUUUGACGGAAGUGUUGGUAAAGGAGGUUGUGCUCGGACAUGAUGAUCCUUCAAGAACUCCUGCUCGCGAGAUCUCGACCAACGCUCCAAGCUCUACGGCAGGGAUUUCUUCUUCUAGUGAGCGAGAGACGGCUUUGGCCGCUCGUGCAGAGCCUUCUGAUGUAGAUUAUGAGAGGAGCUAUUUUCCCCGCUUACCUACGUUCGAGGAGUGCCGCAUUCUCGCGCGUGAGCUUCACUGCUUGCCUGAAGACCUUUACGUGAGUGAGGAAGGCCUCAGACUCCCAGUGGAAGUGAGCAGACGCGGACAGGGUGCCAAGCGACGUCAAGGGAAUUGCUUCUAUGAACGUCUGGCGUGCAGUGAGCAUCAUAGUAUGAUCAAGUCAUUUGACGUGGAAAUUCAUCCCUCUGAUCAACAUACCACAGCUUGUCGAGAGGACUCUACCUGGUCUCAGAUCGCAGUGCAUCAGUUCGGAUACAACUACAGUGAAACGGAGCUGCAGCUUUAUCACCAUAUCGGCUCAUGGGUGGACGACCAUGUGGACAAAAAUAGUUUUUAUGAGUUUUCUUUAAUACAAACAAGGAGAAGAAACCUGAUAGAACUAAAGAUGAAAUAGUAGAAAUGUUGUCGUGCUGUCAAAGUUUCUGAUAGUAAGUAGAAUCUUCUUCUUCGAUAGAAUCUUCUUCGGGGAUUAUAAGGAAAAAAGGGAGAGAAGAAGAAGAAGAACAAGUAGCUCUCCGAAACCUACCUCUUGUCAGGCAUAUCAAUAAAUCAAUCAAUCAAUUCUUUGAUAGAAUCUCCUUCGGGGAUAGGAUAGUUGUUGACUUCAGUAGCUCCUUGUACAAAUGUCUAAAAAAGUCGUUCUCACGGUGAAGGGAGACGCAUUAUGCAGUCGAUCCAGCCAGGUGACUCCUUUUACAUUCAGCCAGGUGUCAAGUACAGCUUCGAUAUCGAACCACCAGAGACGACAGCGGAAGAUGGGAAGACGAAAGGGUUAGAGGAUGGCAGCAAAAAGUCUACUGAUCAUAUUAAGGAUAAAACUUGAAGAACUUUUUGUUUCUUCACAUUCAGCUUACUAUUUUACUGUGGAAGUGGUGGAUUUCUCUUCGAUAGUCAUCUUCGUAAAAUGACAAGGAGGUCUUUCACUAAUUAUCUUUUUAACUUUAGAAGAUAGUCAUGAGGCAUGCACAGGCUUCGGCCGCCUUGGAUGAGAAGACCUCCAGGGCAGAUGGACGAACUCGCAGCGCCUAAAAUAAACGGGUCCUAAUAUAAACGUGGCCACUAUAGUUCUUUUCUAAAUAAUUGGAUUACUUGCUUCUUUUGUAUUUUUGUUUCCUAGUUAGGUGUGCUCCACCGAUAUACUUUAGAAGAUAGUCAAAAACCUAUUUCAUCACAGAGGUUGCCAAAACAAAAAGGACAGGUUACUAUGGUAACGUAGACAACCCCUGCAGCUCUAAUUCUAACACGAAAGCAGCCAGAAUCUACUUGGUUCGCAUUCCAGGACACCUUACUCGAGAAUUGAUGCGGGAGGUGUCCCUAUGCGAUCAACGCGGAAAGCCUAGAAUCGGCAAUGAGACGAGAAGAUGGUAUAGCUGAAGGGAUGGCUGAAGAGCAAGAAGAUGCUAUAUUGAUAAGAAGUGGAGAAUCGUUGCACCAGUGGUGGAGAGUCGCUGAAGCCAUGGAGAAUCGUUGAAGACUACACGGAGAAUCGUUGAAGACGCGCAGAGUCGACAAAUGAAAAAAGAAGAUGGCUGUAAAGCUGAAGGUAGGCUGAAUGCCCUAUGACUCCUUAGGCGCAGAAUGAGGAUACUAGAUGGAUUUUUGCCGGAAAUGAAACAUCAAGUGGACGAGGAUAGAUGCGGUGUACUAGGUCUUGAUGAGAAUCUUUCGUAAUUGUAGGACACGGACAUGACUUAGUUGUCGGACAUAUCAACAACUUCUUGAUGUUAGGCCUACAAAUCUACUCAGCAUUCCCUUUGUUGUCGUAGUUGCAGACCUUAUGUUGGUCUCCUCGAUGACAGGUUAUAUAGAUUUGAAAUAUGGUGAACGGUCGAGGAAUAGCCCAGAUGAAAAUCACUUACUAGUACAUUAUAGUGAAAUCGCCUGGCUGAGCAUGAAAACAGCGGAAGAUGAAGUUGAAGCCCUAGUUUGAUGUCAUAUAACAUUGUAGAGAAUUAUGGCGUUAUUUUUGUUGGCUUGUCAUUGUCUAUGUCUUACGCAAACUCAUAUGUAUGAUUAUACAUACGACGUCAAGAACUCAUCUGGAAGGUACAGUAGAAAAGAACUCGUACAAAGAAUAUUUUUUGGAACAGCUUGAUGACCGUACUGUGGCAAGGGAAAAAUAAUAGGCACGCGAAGGACAAGGACCCGCGUAGAAGCAGG